AUGGAAACGAUUAAAAAUGUAUCAAUUGGUGAUUUUGAUAUUGAUUCAAUUGUUUUAGGCACAACUGGUGUUUCAUCUUGUAUUGCAGCAAUAGUCGAACUCGAAAACAAGGUUUUCAUUUAUCAUGUAGAUCCAAAAUCUUUUAAUGCCACAUCAACAUGUUCAAGAACUGAUGCUCAUACUUUUUUGAUGAAUAUAUUCAAUCAUCUUUAUCAAUUAAUAGAUUCAUUUUCAAUUAUCAAGAAUGUAUGUUUAAUUGGUGGAUGGAAGAACAUUGGCUAUAUGAUAUUACGGAAUCAAGUUGAUAUAAUACGUGAAGAUUAUACAAAGACUAUGAAUCAAAAUCGUACAUUAUUACAUAAUAAUUUUCAUCGAUUUGUGAAUGCGAUCAAAUUAAAUUUGAUUGGUUUCAAUAUACCACCGAAAGCAGAAAACGGUAUAAACAACGAACCAAACGAUGAUGAUAGUCCUUAUGACUACAUAUUUGGCUGCACCAUAGUUUAUGGUCGCUCAUCAAGUUCUAGUACUUUUGCUAUCUGGCAAUAUGGAGGUCAAGAACAUGAAAUGAGUUCUGAUCGACGUGAAUCAUUAUUAUUAGCUAUAUAUGUGGAUGGAAAUGGGUUGAUUUCUAAAGGUUUGGCAAGAAAAAUCGGUGAACAACUUGAUUAUCUUAUUAAAUACGAGCAGAAUGAAUUAUAUCCAUCUGCUUAUCAAAUUCGUAUGGCUGACUGCAAAGGAAUCGUUAUUAUCGAUUCUGAAUCGACUUUAAAUCAAUUUUACAUUAAAAUUCGACAAUGUUUUAUUCGAUAUCAAGUUGUUGAUGAUAAUGGAAAACCACUUAAAAAUCCAGAAUUUAAAACAGUUGUUGGGCCAGUAAUUAUUACAAAAAAUCCUUGUCCUUAUGCUGGUGAUAUUAUGACAUUAAAAGCUGUUGAUUUACCUGAACUUGAUUGUCUUAAAGAUGCAAUUGUCUUUUCGACUAAGGGCAAUCGACCAGAUUGUAAUAAAAUUGCUGGAUCUGAUCUUGAUGGUGAUCAAUAUUUUGUUUAUUGGGGCCAAGAAUUACGAAUUUCUGAAACAAUUGAACCUUUUGAAUAUAAACCACAGUUACCUAGUGAUCGUUCGACACCUAUUACUGCUAAUGGUGUUGUAAAUUAUUGUUUAUCUUUGUUGGGUGCUACAAGUCAUGGUGAAAUUUAUAAUUUACAUGCUAUUGUUGUUGAUCAAAAUAAAGAAAAACAUCCAAAACGUACAUGUCAGAAAUUAGCUAUUGAAAUGGCAGCAAUGUUCUCUGCUGCUAUCGAUUCUGGUAAAACAGGAUAUCAGACAGAUACAAAUCGUAUAAAAGAAAUUCGAAAAAUUGUUGGUUAUAAAUAUCCAGAUUUUCUAAUGAAAACUCUUUCAUAUCAAUCUGAAUCAAUUUUGGGUAUAAUUUAUCGUAAAGCACUUAAUUUCAAAACUCAAAAUCCACAAUUAUUUGAAGGUCAAGAUAUAAAUGACUCAAUAAAUACUUCUACUAGAUUUAGUGAAAAAUAUUUUCGCUUUUAUGUAAGAGUUUGUACUGUAUUAAAAAUUGAUCCAGAUACCAUUCAUCAUGAAUUACACUUAAUCUUUGGUAAUAAUGCUCCAUUUAAAAUUAUAAUUGAUCGAUGGUCUGAUUAUUAUAAAAAGAAAGAUACAAAUACAACGCAAUCGAUAGAAUCAUCAACUAAUACAUCAACUGAAGAUAUAAAAGAAGUUUGUUCACAAAUGGAUAAUAAUCUUCAUAUUACAGAUAAUGAAAUACAAGAAAAUGUUAAUAUGAAUUCUGAUACAAAUGAAAAAGCAAAAGCACUCACAGAGAACUAA